AUGGGCCUUGACUCUGAGAUGCAGCUUAUCAUGUCAGGUGUCCUUAAUGUCACACAGCUGGUUGGUGUCUUCUCGAGCUUGUGGACCCUUGAUCGAUUUGGUCGUCGAACUAUCCUGCUUACUGGCAGCUUCCUGAUGUUUGUCCCGCACCUUAUUAUUGCUGUCUUGGGCUGGACAAGUGUCACGUUCCUGCUCUUCUAUAUGCUUGCCUUUGGUGCCUCGUGGGGACCCGUCCCUUGGGCUAUGCCAGCCGAGGUCUUCCCAUCAAGCCUACGUGCCAAGGGUGUGGCCAUUUCGACAUGUUCAAACUGGAUCAACAACUUCAUUAUCGGUCUCAUCACACCUCCGCUCGUUCAAAAGACUGGCUUUGGAGCUUAUGUUUUCUUCGCUGUGUUCUGCCUAUUGUCUCUGGUUUGGGUUUGGUUCUGUGUGCCGGAGACCAAUGGUAAGACUUUGGAAGAGAUGGACGAGGUUUUCAAUGAUAGAAGCGGUGUGGAAGAUAUUACAAAGAAGGAACGUACUCUUCGCGAGGUGUAUGACGAGAAGGUAGCUCGAGACGCAGCUUGA